UGUCCUGAAAGCUGUCCUACUUCGCACAGAUGCAUUUGCGACUUCUGUCCAUACUUCCUCUGCUGAGCUGCGCAGUGAUGUUAAACCCCGCAAGAAGAGGACCUGCCAACAAGGACGUGUCUGAAGACUGCAGGUCCUGUCUGGAGUGUUCCCGCGACAAUGGUUGCCUGAGCUGCCCCGGGAAGCUGUUCCUGUUCCUCCGCAGAGAGGGCAUGUGGCACCACGGGUCCUGCUUACAUUCUUGCCCUGCGGGCUACUAUGGUGUACGUGGCCAGGACAUGAACCGCUGUAUGAAAUGCAAAGCUGCCAAUUGUGAGAGAUGCUUCAGCAAAGACUUCUGCACGAAAUGUAAGCGGAGCUUCCAGCUGUUUAAAGGGAAGUGCCUGCGCAGCUGUCCUGAUGGCACAUUUCCACAUUUAACUGAUUGCAUUGAGGGCUGUCAUCCGGGCCCCUGGGGUGAGUGGACCUCCUGUGAACACAAGGGACUAACUUGUGGCUUCAGGUGGGGGAGACAGAGCCGGACGAGGGCGUCCUCAUCUCACUGUCCCGCUAUUAGUGAAGACAGGAAGUGUCGGAUGAAAAAGAGAUGCCCUGCACAGAGAAGAGUGAACGAACGGAAGGGCAAGGGAAAGAGGAGACGGAAAGAGCAGAAGUUGCAUAAGAACGCAACACUUGCGGAGCUGCCAGGAGCGACCUAA